GGAGCGAAGAAGAAAAUGAGUCACGUGACUGUGCGGAAGUAGCAGACGGAAAAAGCAAAAUGGCAGAAGGAGGUGGAGGUGACCAAGGGAAUCCGGUUGAUCCUAUGGUGGAAGUUGGAGCUGUGUUGCUAAAGGAUUUCAUCUACCAGCGGAUUCGGCGGCACGUAGACGGCGAUACUGAUGUGACCCGGGAACAGUUGGGUGCCACGGAGCUAUGUGACCCAAACCAUUUAAAGCUCGCUCAGUGUCUCCAGCAGAUUGGAGAUGAGCUGGAUGGAAACAUGGAGCUGCAGAGGAUGAUAGAGGACUCUGCCCUCAAACCAACAAAAGAUGUCUUCAUGAAAGUGGCACUUCAGAUCUUUUCUGAUGGUAGAUUCAACUGGGGUCGAGUGGUUGCGCUGUUCUACUUUGCCUGUCGACUCGUCAUAAAAGCCCUUAUCACCAAAAUUCCAGAAAUCAUCAGAACUAUAAUCAACUGGACCAUAGACUACAUCCGGGAUCAUGUGAUCAACUGGAUCAGAGAGCAAGGUGGCUGGGAGGGUAUUCGCUCCUACUUCGGCACGCCUACAUGGCAGACGGUGGGUGUCUUCCUGGCUGGAGUUCUUGCCACUGUUUUUGUCAUGCGCAAGAUGUGAGGGCCCGUUUGAGAAGAAGGGAGAGGAAAGACUGCAAAGAAGCUACGACUGAGGCAACAGGAGCGAAAAGAAGAGGAUCAAAGGGUAAACAGAAACAAGCCAAGGCAAAGGAAACAAGCUGAACAAGUGAAACUCGGACACGGAGAACCACAAUUCCUUUCAAACUAGGAGUUUAACCGGAAGCGCUGUUGUACCCUUGAUCCAUGUGCCACUGAGGAGAACUGUGCUACCUGCACAAAAUAAGAAAGAUGGGGAGGAAUUCAGACUUUAACAAAGAAGGAAGUUAGAAUAAUUUAUUUUUUACUUGGUACAAAGUCACUGCAAUCUACUUCUGCCCCUAAAUCUAAAGUUCUGCUGGAAGAAGGUCUUUCUGUUAUUUUAUUUGUAGUUCACUCUUUCUUUUUCAUUAUCAUCAUCUCGGUAUGCUAGCCAGUCUUCAUGUUUAUGUAUUUAUUAAUAAUCCCUCAUGAAAGUCAUCAACAAACUGCCGUCUACAGACAUACAGUAUGAUGCUUUGAGGUAAUGUCUCAUUUUUGGGAGUCAUUGUUAGAUUAACUGAGAAGCUGCAGGCUGGGAAACGCCCUCUGUAACCAUUAGCCUCAGACAGUUAAUUUGUCAAACCAUGAAUCUGUAUCUUCUUUUCACUUCUGGGACUAAAAGAGAGUGACUAAAUAAUGAGUUAAGUACAGAUUUUAUUUACAUUUGAAUUCAAUCAUUUUAUAGUCUCAAAGAAGCUCGGCCUGAACUGAACUGUGAUCAAACUCACCGGAAACGCCUGGAUAGAUCUAAACCUUUGCUGUUUGGGGGAGAUGUAUGGAAAGCCAAUACAACCUUAAUGUGACUCCUAUUUAAAAAUCU